AUGCCCCACAAAGAGGGGGAUGCUUAUAAGCCUUCACCGCCCCCCCCGGCUACGCACGAGAAUCCCUUGUGGGAGCUUCGGAAGGACAGGAAAGUGGCUCCAAGAACCAUACUCUACGAUCCACAGUCGCCCUUUGCGGCGCUCACAAGAUUUGCGGGAACAUCGCUGCAAAUGGUUCUGAGACGGCCCGACUUUUACGUCAUCAUGCUCGUACACGUGUUCCUGUGCGCUGUGUACUACCAGGUUUCGCACAACCCGAUUCUCCUGGCCAGCAGCAACGGCGAGCAACAAUCGUGGCCGUUCCUCUCCCCGACAGUAGUCGUUAUUACCGGGACCAUGAUUGUCUUCUUCAUGGUCUUCCACACUAACCAGGCCUACAGCCGCUUCUUCGCGCAGUACGAAUGCAUCACCCGUGUGGACACUGAGCCGUACGACUCGAGCCGGUUUCUUAGAACGGGUUCGGGACGGUUCCUGAACCGGCUUGGGCCCCUCCUGCGGAUGACGUUUGCUGACGGCAGCUGCCCCGGCGCCCGGGAGACCCGGCUGAUGCUCGCCCGUUACAUGGUCACGAUUGAAUUUUUGGCAUACGCGAACCUGCCGUUCUAUAAGACCAACGGGGCUGGCGCGUGGGCCUGGCAGCACGUCGAAGACACGGGGCUGCUGACGUCUGCUGAGGUCACCCGGCUGCGGAGAGUCCCCAACGGCAAGGCAUUCAAGGAAGUAGCCAUGUGGAUCUACCAGCGCUUCUACGCGCACUUCCGGAACGGUGACAUCAGCAACGUCGAGUUGGACCGGUUCGUGACGUUCACGAGCGACGUCAUUGCCAAUAUCGGGACCGUCAAUGACUUUCUGGCGAUGCCAGUCCCCUUCGCCUUUUUCCACCUCUUGAACGCGGUACUCGUGGGGUACCUUCUUCUGCUCGCGUACACGUACUGUCUGUACAGGUACAAAAGUUCCGUUCCCAUCUCCGUUCCGUUUCGGUUCCGUUUCCGCUUCGGUUUCCGCUUGUCACUGCUGGAUGCGGUACCCGUGGGGUACCUUCUUCUGCUCGCAUACACGUACUGUAUGUACAGCUAUUAUUACUCCAUCGUCGGCAUGUUCGUGACCACGGUUUCGCUGCUGGGCCUGCGCGAGCUGUCGUGCGCGCUCGCGGACCCGUUCGGUUCGGACGCGACCGACCUGCCCGUCUUCGACUAUGCGCUCUCGACGCAGCGCUACUUCAACGAUUCGAUUCUAAAAAGAGCCGAGGACCAGGGGCCCGACGAUCCGCCGCACCCGCUCGCGCCACGUGGCAAGCAGGCGUGA